AUGUACGCCGCUCAGAAUAUAACGCCAACAGUUUUGGAUGCCAUGAAUGGAAAUGUUUCCGAAUGGUAUAACGAAUGCGACAAUGCCAUUAGAAGGUCAGAAAUAGUUCCUGGAACUUACGAAUAUACAACUGCUGUUUCUUAUGGAAACGUAGGUGAGUUUGGAGAAGGUUCUUCAACAACAGUAGAUAUUGCUUGCGACAGGUUUCAUAUUAUUUCUAUUGACAACUCAUUCUUAUACGUGGAACAAGACAUUGAAAUAAAACCUUCUGCCAAGUUGUCUGACAAGAAAGGUUGCAAUGGAAUUUUCUAUGUCGGAUACCAAUAUGCUCCAGAAGUUUUCAUGGGAUAUAAGAUAUAUUCUAACUCUGACUUAGUUCAAACAGUAACAUGGGCAAACUAUGAAUGGUUCGCUUUGAGAAACUCAGUACAACCACAAGCUAGAGAACAAACAGACCAGUAUGCAACUAUUGAGAAAAUAAGAAGACUUGACCCUAACGUUCCAGGAGUUUAUGUUAACCUUUCUG